GUUCCAUUCGCUGAGCCUCCAAUCGGUGAGCAGCGAUUUCGGCCCCCUAAGCCGAAGAAACCAUGGAAUCAAACAAUAACUGCUAACACAUUGUCACCGGCUUGCUAUCAGGGCCGUGAUACGUACAACACCUCGUUUUGGGGUUCGGAGAUGUGGAAUCACAAUACACCAGCGUUGGCACUGCUCGGUAAUGUCAUUGUUGUGAAUGUGAACUACCGAGUUGGCCCGUUUCGUUACCUCCCCCCCGUUUUAAUAGUGACUCAAUUGAUGAUAGCUCCUGGAAACGUGGGUAUGCUUGAUCAGCAACUCGCCCUCUAUUGGAUUCGUGACAAUAUCUUCAAUUUUGGUGGAAAUCCAAGUCGAAUAACGUUAUUCGGUGAAAGUGCUGGUGCGGCCAGCAUAGUCGCUCAUUUGAUUGCUCCUGGAUCGGAAAAUUUAUUCAAAAAUGGUAUUCUUCAAUCUGGUAGCUUGGAUAACAAAUGGUCGAUGGACAGCCCAAGCCGAGCGUUGGACAAAAGCCAGCAACUAGCCUAUCUUGUCGGUUGUAACCGAACGCAGAUGAAGGACACAAUCGCUUGCCUUCGAGCGAGUCCGGCGCAGCUACUUGUUGAUAACAUCUGGAACUUGAAUUUGAACUUCCUCGAGUUCCCAUUCGUCACUGUAUCA